GACUGCGACUCCUCGGGAUGCGAGGCUGACAUGGCGGAGGGCUCGGCCGAGGAGGAACAGAGCAGUACAGCUGCGCCAGCUUCGCCCCCAGCGGACCUUCGCAUCCUGAACACCCAGUUGUCGACGAGCUACCACCAACAGCAGUACCAAUCGCAGCAGGAGCAACAACAACACUUGCAUCAACAGCAGUUGAGGCCGACGCCAGUGGCUCUGCUCCAGCAGCAGCCCCAGCACCCGAGCAUGCUGGCCACGGCGAUACCGCACAGGCACAGUCUACUGCCCCUCUCGAUGAGGAUGGACAUCAAGUCGGAGGCCGACAUGGACAACUCCUGCGACGUGCCCCUCAACCUAAAGAGCGAGGUAAAUUAUCCAAACGGGCCUCAGUCAUCUGACUCUUUGCUAAAUGGAAGAGACUCGAUG